UAAGCAAGUUUUACACAAUUCUACAUGGUAUCAGAGCCAAUUCCCGGGCAUAACGAAAAACCCUAGCAGACACAAACCCUAGUUCCAUUUUUCCUCUCAGUGCCGUCAAUGUCUCUCGCCGGCUCAUGUCAGUCAUCCCAGUGCCGCCUCACGUUGGAAGUUCCACAGGGCCGCCUCACGUCGGCUACUACACACCGUCUCACGCUGGUGUUCUUCUUCGACAGCCACUGCUCGCCCCUCCUCUCUCUCGUCUAGCCAUGACAACCGAGGCAAACAAGAAGGUCAGGUUCAUCCACGAUCCCAUGUCUCUAUACUAUAUUCAUCCAGCCGAAAGUGCAGGGAACUCUUUGACAAAACAUUUGCUCAAAGGGGAUAACUAUGAUAAAAAGGGUCAAACCAUGGUGGUGUACUACAACCAAUUUGUGACUCUAUGGAAUAAAAUGUACGGCUCGACCGAGCCCACGUGCGGUUGCCGUUGUGAAGCGGCCGUCCGUAUUAGAGCUCGAGAAGAAGAAGAGAAGACUCACCAUUUUUUGCUUGGUCUUGACGAUGAACAAUUCGGUCACAUCUGGUCCCAACUCAUAGCUACCAAGGCCGUCCCCGACAUUCACCAGGCUUAUGUGUUGAUUGUUCAAGAAGAACGCCACAAAAUCAUUGUUCGCGGAAGGGAUUAUCGGACCGAUGUCGUGGCAUUUGCAAUGCAGCACCCUAGCACACCUCCGGCUCAUGGGGACCCUCCUAUUUACUCAUGUACUCAUUGCGGCAAAGAUGAACACUCGAAGGAGCGGUGCUUCCAACUGCACGGCUACCCACCCGCGAAGGGUCGUGGCCGCGGGGGAGUUUCAGGCCGCGGCAGUGGCUCUGGCCGAGGGUUCGGCCGUGGGUCUUCCGGCGGCAGUUCGUCAGCCGGCCGAGGAGCAGGCCCGGCGACAGGGGGAGCACAUGCCGUAGGGGGGGGGAGGGAUUGUGCCACGAAGAUGGAGAUUGGAUGGGGUAGUGCUCACAACGGAGUGUUCCUGUUUCAUGCGUCAAGUCUGGGGUUUGCUAGUCAACGGGAUCCUAUUCUUCUCCACAAGCGUUUGGACCAUCCUUCGUCUCAAGUUUUGUCUUCUCUUAUCCGUGUUCCCAAAAUGGGCGUGUCUAAUGGAGUGUCACUGCCCACUGAAGGUCCGCAGACAUUACUAGGUUAUCAUUUUGAGGUAAACUCAAAUACCCAGGAAGAAACUGAUUCAGAUGGCUCAAUGCGUGAUGUUAUAGGAAACGAAACCACUAUCUGCGAAGACAACAUCUCAUCAUGGUGUGAUUUGUCUAAAGAGUCAUUAUUUGUCACCUAUCAUGUAGAUGAGAUUUCAACGCAUAAUGACCAUGAUGGAGAGUUGGUUUCCUGGAAUUCUAUUGACUCCAAUCUGUCUGCUUAUGUGAUGUCCCAGCAAGAUAUUGACUCAUUGAAGGAGAUGCACGUUACAUCUCGGUUCGAUCCAACUAGGAUUGUCGUUAGUGCCAUAUACGCUAGCAAAAUGGACCUCGAUUUUCAUUUGAAGAUGCUUGUAAUUUCCGACUGUUUCCAGUACCAGACCAGAACGUCCAAAAAAUCCGAGCUGCAUGUUGUGUGUGUGGACUUCCCUUGUUGCCAAUGGGCUGUUCGGGCUGUGUGUUUACCCGGCAUUGAGAUGUUCUAGAUUCCACUACAAAAUUUCGCUAAAUCUGCGAUGGAAUAUUUCUGUCGCAAACCAUUAGUUUUGGUCGCAGACUUCAAAAUUGCGACAGGUCAGCGACGGAAACAAUGUCGCAAAAAAAUUGUCGCAUUUUAGAUAUUUGCGACGGAAUUUAAACACCGUCGCAGAAUUGCGAUGGUGUUAGCGAUGGUCAAACCAAUUUCAAAAUCUAUGACAGAAACGUUUUUUCGUCGCAAUCGGCGACAGUAUUUGCGACAACUGAUCCAUGAU